AUUAAGGACUUAGGACUUUAUCAAGACAUGCUGUUCAAGGACCACAGCUUCUUUGGACUCACACAACCUCCUCAGGGGACUCGCAAACAUCUUCAAGGACCCUUAAAACCUGUUGUAGGCUGCCACAGCCUCCUCAAGAAGCACUACAACUUACUCAAGCACCGAAACAUCCUGCGGUAUCCCACAGCAUCGUCUUGGAAGUCUGCAGCCUUCUGAAAGACGCCUGUGACCCCUACACCGUCCUCGGCCUGCCCCGCCCCUCACGGAGACAGGCAGGGAGACCCGCUGAUGAAUAAGUAACAUUCAUUCAAAGAAGCGACAGACACAGACUCCUCUUCAAACUGUCUUUCCUCCGUGGGAGCGGGAGGCUCGUCGCUCUGCCGGUGUUGGCCACUGUUGCUCGGAUCAGCUUCGACACACGACCCGGCGGACCGACACGCAGCGGGGCAGGUCACGCUACAGUGAUGUCAUCACUCCUCAUCCCUUUCCUCCUCCCCUUCCUCAUCCUCACCCCCGCUUUGAUGCUGGAGUUUCGUUACCACAACAACCGUGAGAUGGAGCAGUACCUCCUCCAGAUCAACGCCUCCAACCCUGACAUCACACACCUGUACAGCAUCGGCCAGUCUGUCAGAGGUCAGCAGCUGUGGGUGUUGGCUCUGGGUCUCAGUCCUCGGCGUCACACUGUUGGUAUCCCAGAGUUCAAAUAUGUGGCAAACAUGCAUGGAAACGAGGUCCUUGGCCGAGUGCUGCUGCUCCAGCUAAUCGACGACCUGGUGCGUGGUUACCGCAACAACGAAGCGUGGUCGUUGCAGUUACUGAACAGCACCCGCAUCCACAUCCUUCCUACGAUGAACCCCGAUGGCUUCGAUGAAGCGGGCACACACUGCCAGUACAGCCAGGGCAGGUUCAACCAUAACGGCAUCGACCUGAACAGGAACUUCCCCGAUGCUUUCGCCGGCGUCCGAAGGCAACAGCAGCUUGAUGAGCAGAAGAGGGAGGCAGAGGUGAGGGCUGUGAUUGGCUGGUUGAGGACCGAGAGUUUCGUCCUCUCCGCAAACCUUCACGGAGGAGCUCUGGUGGCCAGUUAUCCUUACGACAACAGCAACGGAGGCAGCGAGCUGAUGGGUGGAGCCAGCAUCACCCCUGACGACGAUGUGUUCAUUCACCUGGCCAAGGUGUACUCUCACAGCCAUGCCUCCAUGCACCUGGGCGACCGCUGCGACGACAGCGCAUCGUUCCUGGAGGGCAUCACCAACGGAUACCAGUGGUAUCCUCUGGCAGGGGGCAUGCAGGACUAUAACUAUGUGUGGGCUCAGUGUUUGGAGUUGACUCUGGAGGUUUCCUGCUGCAAGUUUCCUCCAGCCAACGAACUUCCUGCUCUGUGGACGGAGAACAAGAAGGCUCUGCUGGCCUUCAUCCAGCAGGUCCACCUGGGGGUCAAAGGUCGUGUGAUUGAUGGUUCUGGAGUGCCAGUGCCGAACGCUGUGGUAGAGGUCAAAGGUCGUAAGAAUAUGUGUCCGUUCAUAACCAACCAACAUGGAGAGUACUACAGACUGCUGCUGCCUGGAAACUACAGCUUCACAGUGACGUAUCCGGGUCACGAGGUUUUGACAGAGACCCUGAACGUCCCGUAUGGUCCUGAUCAAUUCUCCGCCAUGAAACACGACUUCCUGUUACAACGCACCCAGGCUAACGCCACCCAAGCCACCCCCAGUCAAGCUAACACCACCCACGUUAGCUCAACCCCUACCUGUAACUGCACGUUACACCUGGAGGCGGGCGGAGCCAUCACCAGGCCCACAUGGACAGGUCUCGGCGUGGCGCUCGGGUUUGUGGCGGCGCUCCGAUUCAUCACAGACUGAAGCAGCCUGGUGCUCAGUGUGACCUCUGGUCAGCAGGAGGUCGCAGGUUUGAUUCCAGCAGAAGCUCCUGCUGAACACUGAACCUUCAACCUGCAAAACACAAGCACAGCAAAAACCCCGUGGUCCACCAGAGGUUUCUAAAGAGACGUUUUGACCCCAGGACUUUGGGUUCACCGCAGGCUGGAGCGUAAAACCCUGGUCACAGCAGAAUGUGACAAAGUUCAGAUCCAUGAAAACUCAGAGGAGCUCGCUCUGAGCAACGCAGCAAUGAUUCACACUUACAGGCCUUUUUCACAGGAGACAUUUUGGUUUGUCACAGUGGGAAAAGCACAGGCGUAAAUUAAAAUAGUGAUGGAUGAAUUCCUUUUAGCUGUUUCAGUUUCCAGGUCCUCAGAUUGUGAUUGUUCAUGUUUUUAGUAACGCCUGUGCUUUUCCUGCUGUGAGUCAAAAUACCCGGGGUAACUGACAAACGGCUGUAGCUGCUGAGCACGGUCACAAACCAAACGACAAGUCCACACAGUUUAUCCACGUGUUGGUACCAGCUGUUUCUGCGAGGCAGUUUAGACUCCGGCAGAGGAGGGAACACAGGAGCGGCCUGUGAGCUGUAACAGCUUCCUCUGUUUCAGACUCUCUGGCUCUUUGUUCCCUCAAAGGAAGUUCACGUGUCCAAGAUUCAGCAACGCUGAACUUGACACAAAGGGUUUGCACAGAUUUACUUCAGCGCACUCACUGCAGCGAUGUCAGUGAAAAUAAUUUAUUGUGCUGCGACGUUUCACCGUUUUAAAUGCUGCUGUGACGGGGCCUUAUUCUCAAUGAAGUGAAAUUAACUACUGAACAGAUUUGGGGGAAAAAAAACGGAUUGACUUUGUAUUUGUAAAGAACGGGAACAACUCCACAAAGAAAAUUUAGGAUUUAAGGGAAGAGACAGAGGAACCUCAGGAACAAUAAUAGAAACACAAAGUGCAACUACACUGUCGCUUUCCUGCUCUAUAGAGACAAGUGAUGCACUGUCACAGGAAUAAACAGGUUUCAAAUCUGGUUUUAUCUUCCUCCAAAGGAAGCUGGGAGUUUACUGAAAAGGGGUCACGGGAGGAAAAAGCUCGACUGCCUCAGGGUUUUAUCGUGGGAUAACAGGAAGUCCUCCCUGCUGAGAUGUUACAGCAUGUGGAGGAGUGCACGGAGUGACAAGGUUCAUUAAGUGUGGUGGAGCUAGACUGUAAUUUUAUAUGUGAGGAGGAGCACUUUAAAAUUAGCACUUACAGGGACAGAAAGCUGUUUUUAGAAAGGGAAGUGUUUAAACCAGAGAAAAGGACGUGGACUGUGGAAAUACAGACACAUGCUGUGAAAUGAAGUGGUCCUGGUGACGCCACACGUUACUCAUCCCUCUGAACUCACUAAGGUGCGUUGGAUUUACGACACCAGAGUAUCAGGCUGAGUCAUCAGACGUGUUCGGACAGGUAUUCAUCCUUUCUGCUGGUUUAAGUGUGUUCAUGGCAACAGGACAGUUUAAUCCAGUGGUUCUCAACCUGGGGCUCGAGGCUCCCAUCAGCCUGCGGGGUCACGAGAUGAUCAAUAAGAAAUAAGAGAAAAAUGUAAUAACAAUGAUAGUGUAGAAAUAAUAAAGAGAUUUAAAAAAUAAGCCUGAAUAAACAUUUUCAAAAAUCCUUUAAUUAAUAAAAAAUUAAAACAAACUCAAAGGCACCACCUGGUGGCAGAAGCUGUGCAGCACACCCACAAACACCAGGACCUAAAAUAUUAAUUUGUGAACCUGAAGCUUAAACAAACAUGUGACUUCAGUAAAUGUGAAGUUUAACUAUUGUCUGAAAAUCCUUCACGGCCGAAGGGUCACAGGCCACAAAAGGUUGGGAAUCACUGGUUUAAAUGAAAAACAGGGACAAUCUGAUGCCUGGGAAUCAAACCUGUGGCCUCCGUCAGUGAGAGGAGGAGGCGCCUGAACCCUCAGCUCAUACACCAUCUGUACACAGUAUAUAUUUAUAUACAGCAUAUAGACCGAUGCGUAUCGAGUUCAGAGCAGCUCCGGUAACCAAACAACAGGUGUGGUUCCUGUUUUAACGCAGGGUCCGAGGUCAGGGAACGUCCCGCUCAGCAUCAGCCUACAGCUCAGACUCAGAAACUCAGAGGCCUUCUGCAGGUUUUUCCCCUCGUUCAAACUUUGUUUUUGCCAAAUAGCAGUUUUUCUACUUUUCUACUGUUUGAUAUUAAAUGUUGUUCCAUGAAACAAAAAUCCUCUGUGCCAUGUUGAGGCGACGGUGACUGCAGGCUUCAGUCACACCUGAAACAUCAGACCUCAGGAGAGUCUCUGCUUUUCUUCUGUUUAACGUCUCAUGACUGUAAAACUCUCAGUGGAUGCUGAAACCUUUGGACUUGACCUUUAACUGACGCUGCUCAGUAAGCCUGGUUCUUGAAGGGAAUCUCAAAUUAAAAGUAAAAAAAA